GGCACGCACGCGCCCCAGCCCCGCCCGGCAUCCCCCCCCUCCCGCUCCGCGAGCGCGCGCAAACGAGGAAGAGAGGAGGGCGGAGGCGGGCGAGGAGGCCCAGAGCGGCGUGUUGCUCGCCGCGCCCCUUUCCUCACAGUCGUUUCCAGCCGUUGCCUGGGCGGCUUCCUUCCUCCCUGCUCCCUCCCUCCCUCCGCUCGCUCUACACAGCCCCGCGGGCGGCAGUUUUCUAGGCAUCAGGCAAGGGCCAACUCCCGGGACUCUCUUCCUCCGGCUCUUCCCGCCGCUCACACAUACACACGCGCGCACCCCGCUGCGGCUACCAUGAACCCCAGCUGCGCCCGCUGCAGCAAGAUCGUCUACCCGACCGAGAAGGUGAACUGUCUCGACAAGUUCUGGCAUAAAGCAUGUUUCCACUGCGAUGUCUGCAAGAUGACCCUCAACAUGAAAAACUACAAGGGCUAUGAGAAGAAGCCAUACUGCAAUGCACACUACCCGAAGCAGUCCUUCACCAUGGUGGCAGAUACUCCCGAGAACCUGCGCCUUAAGCAGCAGAGCGAGCUUCAGAGUCAAGUCCGCUACAAGGAGGAGUUUGAAAAGAAUAAGGGAAAGGGCUUCAGUGUGGUGGCAGAUACUCCUGAAUUGCAGCGAAUCAAGAAGACUCAAGAUCAGAUCAGCAACAUAAAGUACCAUGAAGAGUUUGAAAAGAGCAGGAUGGGCCCACCUGGAGGGGAGGGAGGUGAACUGGAACGUCGCAACUCCCAGGAAGGUGCCAACUACAGGAGGCCAGUGGAGCAGCAGCCACCACCAACACACCAGCAGCCUCAUCAUGUCCAGCCGACUACCCCUGCUUACCAUCACCAGCCACCACAACAGCCAGCCCCUCAAUCCUAUGGCUACAAGGAACCAGGAGCACCUGCCUCAAUACAACGUAAUGCCCCAUCUGGAGGAGGGAAGCGAUUCCGUGCCGUCUAUGAUUACAACGCCGCCGAUGAGGAUGAGGUUUCCUUCCAGGAUGGCGACACCAUCAUCAACGUGCAGCAGAUCGAUGACGGCUGGAUGUAUGGCACUGUUGAGCGGACCGGCGACACGGGCAUGCUUCCAGCCAACUAUGUGGAGGCGAUAUGAGCCCCACUUGGGUGCCACCCUCCAAGCCAGUGGGGGAGGGCUCUCGGGCUUCUUGUUCCAUUAUCCCUUCUCUGCUCUCUGUUGCCACACAUCAGUUAUUUUGUUCUGAACCUCUGACACGGCCGUUUUAAAAAUUCUUCUGCCAAUCUUAGCCUUGUUUUGGAGGCAUUUGAACUUGGAGUGGGUGUCUUUUUUUACUAUAAUGUGAGACUUUUUUGAAAGACCAGCUGUCCUUCCGUCCUCUCCCUCAGCUUUCAUGGAACAUGGCACUGUGCCCUCCUCCUCCUCCUUCCCCAGGAAUCUGUCAUUUUGGGAAUUGAUGAGGAUCCUGGAUGAAGUAAGCCCAGCUUAACCAAACGGCUCCAUGGGACCAGGAAGUAGUGUAGCGAGGCCCCCAGGGCUGGAAAGAUCUGCCAUGCUUGCUUUUCGGGGUGUGGAACUUGGAGUGACUUGGGAGAGUGUCUUGUCCAUUUCCAUGGGAAGAACUUGCCCAAGGCCUCCGUUUCCAUGUUAGCCCUUGCUCAUCCAUAUUCUAUUCAACCUUCCUUUCUAUCAACUUUUAUCAGUUUAAAAGAAAUCAAAGAUGAAAACCAUUUGUAAAGCAGGAUAGCCUUUGAUGGAAUCAAAGGAACAUGCAUAUCUAUAAUGUCUACAAGGGAGAUGAAACCCAAAGUAGUUGCUGGUGUGGAGAGGCUUAGGAGAAAGAGUGCUAAGUACACCUAGACAUUGGCUGUUGGAUGCCAUGGCUCAUUCAGAGUCUUUAUCUACUUAGGCUUAGCACAGAGGUCAGGAAGAUCAUGUGCACUGUAUACCUGGGGGGAUAAAUAGGCUUGGAGCCCAUUCCACCCUUAGCUGAACUGUUGCCCAAAAUUUUGCAGCUAAGGAGUAUUUGCAGCUCAGUUCAAUUUUGGUGCUACUUCUUGACUGGAGAGAAUGUGAGGAGGGACAGCAAAUUCCAGAUGCUUCUGACCAUUCCUGCUGCCUCCCUCCCCCGAUCCCACAAAAUAGCUUCAGAGUGAAUUUUGAACCAGCCUAUGUAAGAUUUCCAUAGCCGAUGCUUGAAUAUACCCCGUUCCCCAAAAUUCUUGGUUCCAGUAUCUCUGCCAAAAACACCCUCUCCUCCCUCGAAUUACUUCCUUAACUGGAGCAACCCAAAGCAAUGAGAAGAAUCACACUUGCUGUAGGGGUGCUGUCUUUGGGACCAGUUUCUCUUCAUUUCUGUUGGGAAAGUUCAUGGGUAUCUACAGAAGGCAGAUCCCCGUGGGUGGAGCUUUCCCCCCCUUGAAACAAAGUUCCUGGCCGACUAACAGGCUGCUUCAUCUCCCUGUCAUGUCCCUUCUCUGAGCCAAGCAAUGUUUACAACCCUUUCUCCUCUCUCUCUCCAUUGCCCCUCAGCCAGCCAAGCAAUUGGGUGAAGGGGUCAGGGGGACAAAUACCUUGCACUAGAAACAUACCUCUCUUCCCCCCUCCCCCACCAGUCUGGCCGGUGCUGUUAAUGGCUUUGGAUAGUAUCAUGGACCAAAAGCAAAUUCCUUGGAGUAUUUUGCUAUCAAAAUAGCAGGAAGCUAGUAUAUAACUGGAAAUACGUGCAGCUGGGGCGGUGUAACGGAAAAGGAAAGACAAGGCAGAUGCCUCUAAGCAGGAAUUAGAUUAUUGACAGUCACCAUUCAUUCUCUGUACAAUUUGAUUGCUGCUUCUCAUGCUACAUUUUUAAGUCUGCAGUGACUCUCCAAAGUCACUCCUCUGGCAAAGAAGAGCAAAUCUUGUUUGAAUUAGCAAUACAUAACCAGCUCUCUUGCAGACCUGCAGAGCAGCAGAUCUUUAGAAAUGGCUUAGUUCAUAGGUCUGAGAGUGAGUGCCUGCUAGACAGGAUGUUUGCAAAUCCCUGCAAAUUGAAGUGACUUCUGGGAAAUGUGUAGUCUUCUUAAAUGUAACAUGAGAAGUAUCACUGAGCCAUUUGAUUUGGUGAUGGUUAUCUGUUCUAAUCAGGACAACUGAAGCUAUUGGUGAGUAGACCUCUAGAGGUGGGUGAUUUAAACCUUUUGCUUUUUCGAAUGCCUUUCAAAAGCAUAUUCUGGAGAGGUGCUUAGAUCCACAGAACUUCCUAUGUUACAGUUGUAUUAAAUUGGUACCUCUCCAGUACCUGGAAUACACGAGGACCAAACUGAACAAUUCGCCUUAUGUUCACAUAUUCUCUACCAUCUCAAUGCUGCUUGCAUAUGUGCUCAUGGUUUCCCCUUUCCUCCUCCUGUGCACGAAGGCAUCAUAUCAGGGAUUAGUCAUUUCCCCACAUCAUUUCCACUCUUUCUGUGGACUACCUGAUGCAAAGAGAGAAUAAACAUAGCUUAACAUGAACAAGCACACACUUGUCUCUUUGCAACAGGUGUGAAAUAGGCUUACGUUAAGCAAGAGUUAGCGAAUUUUCUCCCUUGGUGUUUAGAUCUCUUGAUUUUAAAGCAAAGGGAUACUUCAUCUUGUCACUUGUCUUGCAUCUUUGUUUCUGAUGGAGUAUGCUAGUGUCUCCUAGCUUAAACUCCCAGGAGGGAUUACAACUUUUGGGGAGUGUUCCAUCCCAAUUUGAAAUUAUUAAGUUCCCAGACAUCCCUGCACAUCCUUCAAAUAAUAGUGGCAGGAACAGUGACCAAAUCAUUCUUUUCCUAAGGUAGUAGAAGCACAAAAUACAUUUUUGCAUAUUUUUUUUCUGGAUUUUUAAAAAAAAGUCCUAGUUAGUACUAGUCCUUUGAGCACUUGCACUAGUGACAAAAGGAAGGGGUGUUCAGUCACUUCUUCACCAUUUCUGUUCACUUGGGGGAGAUCAGUUUUGGGUCAGCAGAAAAGUCAGUGGCAGUGUUGGCAGGUGCCCAGGGACCUCCUAGCCUUGGGGUGAACUUUUCGGAAGGUGCCAACAAGAGUGGUUGACUGGAAAGGAGAAAGCACAAGCUUCGGCUGGUUCUAGCUGAUGAGGAUGAGGCAAAAUCAUGUAUAGACAAUCCUUGAGAACAGCUCUUUGUGAGGAAGAUACAGAAUAACAAUGUGAAUAAAUAUUUUUAGAGGACCAAAUAAAUUUACAAUAAAAUACUCAUUUUUUAAAAAAAUAAUUCUCCUAGCUUUUUCACCUCUGCCUUGGAAAAAACGGUUUCUCACUGCUUGAUUUUUUUUCUGCCUUCUUUGACUUAUGCACUUUUGCCUUUUAUUUUUUCCAAUUGCUGAAAAGCACCUAAACCUGUAUUUAAAUAAAAUGUAAAAAAAGAAAAACAGCUAAAUUGCAUCCGUGUAACCAUUUUUAUUCAUGUAAAGUCUUGUACAUCUUAGCUUUUCAAGCUAGAUUUCAGUGUCGGAUAUUAGAAUGAUUUUUUUGUUUGGAGUAUAUUUUGGGGGUUUCAUUUUGUUGUCUUUGUGCAUCUCUUCUUUAUGGGCUUGCACGCCCUCUCCAAAAGUCAUUUGGCCUUUUUGAAUGGCACCAUAGAAUCAUAUACCAAUUCUCUUCUGGUUUAUGCCAAUUUGAAAAUAAAAGUAUAAUUUUUACCUGCUGA